AACCUCCACAUCAUCGCCAUUGCCAACUCAUCAUCCUAUAUCAUCAGCACACCCUCAACAAAAAAUGGUGACUCCACUAGGGAGGUCGUUUAGAGCUUCGUUUCAUUUUGCUCUUUUUCAGCGGUAUAAUAUCUUUGACAUUCCUUCUCAACUAUUCACCUCCAAUAAAGGUUUUUGGCCACGCUUGUCACGAGCGUCUCACAUCACUAAUGGAAACUACGAGCCUGGCCAAGAUGAUGGACGGGAAGUUCAGCAGCCAUGUCCAUCGACAGAUGUUUUCAAUAUUUCUUGCAAGGAAUCUUUAACCCCAGCCUUGCGUCUUUGGUCCAAGUAUUUGGGUCUUGCACAAGGAUCAACUAAGGACCACUCAGCUUCUCACCAGUUUGCAAACUCAACACAUCGAGCAGGCUUCCUGCAAUAUGAUGUGAGAAAAGGCAACACUAUAGAACACGUCAGUAAGUUCCUUGAUGCCAUGGGGCUCACAUUGGUGAUAAAGACUUGUGCUUACGUGAGUUUUCCAAAUCCCUUUUCGAUAGAGCUUAUACAAGGUACACUACUUUGCUUUCAGCCUAUGUCUGUUCUUAGGGAGAACAACUAUUUCGCUCAAAGCCGUCUCUAUUGGGAAGUCAACAGUGAACCAAAGGAGAAGAAAACUACAGCUCAUACCCUAGUUGUCUAUGUUUGUGGCCAAGGACAAGAUCAAUGGAUUACUGAUGGUGCCAUCACAUUACCUCAAUUGCUUCGCGAGCCUAGCGAUGAUGAUAAGUGCAAUCCCAAGUACUAUCGUUACCACUACUUUGUCCAUCACUCCACCAUGGAUUGCUUUUCUUUGAGGAUUCAUCAUCAUCGGGCCAUGGAAGGGUUAUUGGAGGUCCCAAAUAGAAGUGCAUCGAUAGUUGAGUUUCUCGAUGAUGCACCUAAUCUUUUUGUCUGUGCACUCCAACGAACUCCAAAGUUCAAGCGAAGGAUCGUUAGGUCUACACUUAGCACUGUUGGCUUUGGCAACAAUAGUGAACAUGCCCAUGGAUACAUUCAGCUUGGAUUAAAGACUAAAACUCACUUCGUUGAAAUCACUUUUUAUGACGAGUUCGCUCCUUUUGGCAAAGUGACGGUAUCUCAUUCGAGCGGCACUACUUUGCCAACAUGGAACAACAUCAAGGAUAAUCCUAAUCUUGAUUUGAGAAUCGUCCUUGAGUACAAAAGGUGCACGAGGCCUCUUGGCCACGUGUGGGUUGGCCUCAUCGUUAGUAGUCUAACCAUGCCUUUUAAUCAUUUGUUCUUUGCCUUAAAGAAAGACCCUUUGACUGAUGAGCGAUUUUUUUUCAACGAAGUAGAAUGCCAUACUCUUGAGGCUGGAAAUAAAAUAUUCACUGAACAUCUAGAGUUUUCUAGUGAAGCUAAUCAUUUAAUAACGCUAGCCAAGUUACCAACCCUCCAUGAGGCUCAAUCAACACUUACUUCUCUAGAGUCUUCUGAAGCUGCUGAUCUUGGGGAUGAUCUAGCAAACCCUAGACAUGUACAUAUUAGCACUGCUCUUUCUGUUGAGGAGAGAGCAAAAAUGAUCGAUUUGCUUCGGUAACACAAGGAUGCCUUUGCGUGGAACUAUGAUGAGAUGUCGGGGCAUGGUCUAGCCUUGGUGGCACAUUCUCUAAAUGUUGAUCCCAAAGUAAAGUUGGUUGUGCAGC